ACGGUUUCGAGGCCCAAACCCUCUCUGGGUCGCUGUCUGCUCCCGUACUCCCCCGUAUCUGCCGUCUGCCGAGCGAGCGGCCGACGCCGCACCUGCCCAGCUCCGUCGCUCCGUGCCCCAGCCCUGUCCGCGGCCGCCGAGUUGCCGGAGCGUCUGGAGAACGCCCAGCCAAGCUCUGUCCCCGCCGCUACCAGCCCAACGCCCUGUUCCACGUCUGCCCCGCCGCCGAGGACGAGGCGGCCAACUCGGGCGGUCCGGCCCACGUCCGCCCUCCGGAUCCGGUCCUGCGCUCAGCCGCCGAGGCAGGCCGAGCUCUUCCUCGCCCCCGCCCUAUCGAGCUCCGCCUACACCAGAAUCCAGAUUCCAGGUUCCAGAUGAUCAUGAAUACAACUCAGAAAGCUAAUUUGGUGGAACAAGAUGCUAAGGUUUUUGUGAAACAAGCCCCACAGUUCAAAAGGUGGGGGCGAAAACAUCCAUUUGUUCGGUAUGGGUUACCACUCAUUUCCUUGACAGUGUUUGGUGCAGUGGGACUUGCUCACCUUAUACAGGGCAGCAAAGAAGUGACCAAGGAAAAGGAGGAUAUGGAAUGGGAGGUUGUAGAGACAACAAAAGCUCUAAGUCGAACAGGGCCAGUGGAAGGAGCCUAUAAGCCUAAGAAACUCUCUCUAGAGGACGAACUGAAGGCUUUGCAGCAGAAGGUUGACAUAAACAGCUACGACUACAAGCCCAUCCCAAGACCCAGUGAGAAAUAAGUGAAGAUGAAGACCGUUUGCUAGUGCGUCGAGUGGAUGUUUGUUUCUUGAUACUUUCGUCGUCUCGUCUUGUCACAAGUUUUGUAUGAAUGUACGGAGCUGAUUCAAGUUUGAAAUUAGAAUAUGAAUAGGAAUAAGUGAAGCUGUAGAGAACUGGUACGAGGAUCCUUGAACCGUUUGCAUAUGUUUGUUUCCCCCCCCCCCCCCCCCCCCCCCUUUUUUGGGUUAGUAAAUUCUGAUGUGUCUGAUCAGUUUUCUAGUGUUUAUUUACAGAGGAAAAAAUAUAAAGGUACAGUGCAUCGUGUUGAUCUA